ACAUGCUAAUUAGCAGCAUGUCAGUUCCCUUAAGUUUGACAAGAUGAAAUGUCCAGAAGGUAACACGACUGACAGCUUUUAAAUUGUGGUCUACAUAACUGCGCAAUGAAGAUGACAACGAUAACUUCACAGACUUUGUGUGGUAUCUUGUUGCUCCUGACCCUACCUGUCAGUGUUUCCAGCCCAUUACCGACAGGAGCAGUUCAGACCAAAUGCCUUGAACGUCACUUCUGGCUUUCCGUCAACUCCAGCUUACUUGGCGGAAUGAUCCGAUUUGAGUUUGAAGACCAGUAUGGACUCCACCUUCUUUCUCCUAAGGAGGCCACGCUCUGUGGCUACACCGUCCUAAUAACAGAAGCUGGAGAGCUGGUGUUUCGUGCCUCCUUCUUAGCUUGUCAUGUAAACAGUCAGACAAGCACAGACUAUCAUCUGCAUGUUUGGCUUGUACAUGUGCAGGUGGAUGGAGAGGUGGCAGCGUACCCCUUCCAGCUCCACUGCUCCCUGCAGGAGAUGUGGCACUCCAGAGAGAUUAUCUGUGAGGAAAAUUACAUGGAGGUGUCCAUUCAGCUGUCUAUACCACCCACUGUGCUCCAGUAUAAGAAUAAUGGAACUGAUGAGCUAGACAUGGCCAUCAUGUUCCACAGAGCAAGCCAGCCAGCAAAGGAAGCUGUGGUCAUGUCCCUCAAAGAGGCUGCUGCUCUGGACUACCAUGUCUCUCUGCACAUGUCACGAGUCACACUUCGCUGUCCCUACUCAUCCCCGCUGUCAAACUCCAUCAAGGAAAAGGGAGUGGAUUUAGAGAUUGUAAGAACCUCUAUCCUGUACAGACUUCAGGGCGAUUCCCUGGCUGUUGACUCCUCUAUCGCCUGUGUUCUGAAUGAGGCCACAGCACAUGGCUCUGACCUGCAGUGGACUGUCCCUCAUGUUCUCUCCCCACUAGUUGACGGCCUUUUCAGGGACAGAGGUGUGAGGGUUGGAGUGAACGGUCAGGCUCUGCCGGAAUCUGACAUUAAAGAGCGGCGGUACAAGAUCGACCUGCAGGAUGGGAGAGUGGAGGUCAGAAUUCCUGUUGGAGCCCAAGGGGGAAACAUUAAGAGUAGUGUUGUGAGGGGGCAGUACUGUCAGUCGAUGUCAGUGGAUCUGUUCUUCAUGAGUCAGUGGGAGGAUCAGCGGUGGCCUCUCACACAGUAUCGCUCCUUCAGGCACCUUAAGACCCCUCUCAUCCCGCAGAGCCUGGUCCUGACCAACAAUAAAGUCUCUUCCAAGGAGCUGUUUUCAGUCAGCUUGGGCUCCUUCACACCUGACGUGCACCUCCAGAAGGUGACAGUGGACGGUGGUGGUGACCUUUUAACCUGGACUCGAAACCAGAGUGAAACAGAGUUUGUGGUGUCUAGGCUCUCCCACUCCAAUGGGAGUUACUUCUUCCAGCUCAGCCUCUCACUAUCACACCCAAAAAUAAUCCCGGAGCAUAUAGGUGGUGGGUACAAGACAUACAGCUUUGCUUUCAUCUUCACUCUCUUCAUCUCACCCGGUGGAGAUCUGUUUUACCACCAUGCCACUAUAGAGCAUAGAGCUGAAUUUGAAGAUCAAGGCUCCCCUAGGCUGGAAGGGAAGUGCACAGAAAGCAGCCUCCUGGUGCUACUGUACCACGGGACCCAGUCUGAUCUGCAGUGGGAGCUCUUCUUUGGAGCCCACAGGCUAGACUGGGACCUAGUGAAGAUGGGGGGAUUUAAAGUGGAGGCCGAGGAAGACUACUUGACUGUGAGGAUCCCCUUCAACAGCCCUGGGUUGAUAUAUGAGGAGCUGUCUUUACGUGGUCUUGUUGCUGGAGUCAACGCAACUGUUUUGAAUGCCGAGUCCCUUAAAGAGUAUGACAGUCUUGUCCACAGAUGCACCUUUCCUGCCAGAGAACUUCUAGUUUGUUUGCCAGAAGGAAGGAUGGUUGCUAUCGUUGACACUUCACACACCAUCCCACCUGUCCAGCCCAACCGAACCACUCUGCUGGACCCUCACUGUGUUCCCAUAGAGACAGACAGUACCAAAGCUCUUUUUAUCUUCAGCCUCAACUCCUGUGGCACAACUGUAACUACUGAGGGAAAUCUUCUGGUUUAUGACAACCAGAUUAGCUACACUCGUGACUUCCUGCCUUUGGAUGAGCCUCUCAUACACAGAGAUGCUCCUUACAGGCUGACAAUCCAGUGCCGCUAUCCAGCAAACACUACAAGUACUUUUGCUGUCCAGCAUCGUUUGUUUGAUGUCUUCUCUGAACAUUUCAACCAUCACAGUCAAGCAAACGUGUAGGAAAGCUGUCAAUAUAACAUAUGUGUCUGUAUAAAAUUGAUUAAUUUUUAAUUAAAAAGUCUUGAGAUAAUUUUGAUCUGCUUUUGAUUUAAUUGCAUAUAAAAAACCCUUUUCAGGUUACAGAAAAUGGAGUGAAUUUAAAUGGAAAACACAUUUUCAUCCUAGUAAUGCUACUUUGAAACUUAUGAAAAUGUUUGUGC